UGAGCAACAAUCCACGGUCUACACCGUAAGGUCUGGACAGUCAGAUGAUGACAGCCUUCGGUGCGAUAUAAAAGGCUUCAUAAUGUGUCUGGUUGGACAGAGUCGACUUAUCUACACCACGCUUUUAUCCCAUUCAUAUUAAAAGAACGCUCAGAAAUACUCAUCGGAGAAUCACCAAAACCAGAAACAAUGCAAUCCCCACCGGACACGAAAGGGAGACAAGAAAGUAUUGCAAUCAUAGGCAUGGGCUGUCGCCUUCCUGGGAGUGCCACGAAUCUUUCGAAAUUCUGGGAUCUCUUGUCCAGGGGCGAGAGUGCCUGGACCAAGGUUCCUGACUCGCGGUUCAACCAGGAUGCCUUCUACAACCCAGACAGCAAGACCAGCGGAACGUUUCAUAGCCGAGGCGGCCAUUUCCUGACCGGAGAUAUUUCCAGAUACGAUGCGAACUUUUUCAAUGUCAAUCCGGCCGAAGCACAGGCAAUGGAUCCACAACUGCGAUUACUUCUUGAAGUUGCUUAUGAAGCCGUUGAAAAUGCCGGUCUUAGUCUCGACAAGCUCCGCGGAACCAGCACAUCCUCGUAUGUCGCCCUUUACAAUCGGGACUAUGAGAAGAUGUUGCUGCGGGAUCCUGAAAAUCUCCCCUUUUAUCACCAAACAGGCAACGGAGAGGCCAUGUUUGCCAACCGACUGGCCUACUUCUUUGACUUGAAUGGUGCCUCCGUCACCCUCGAUACAGGCUGUAGUGGAGGCAUGGUUGCUCUCCAUUUGGCCUGUGAAAGCAUUCGGAACGGGGUAUCUUCCCAAUCCCUUGUAGGGGCUUCCAAUUUGAUUCUGGAUCCGGCCACCAUGAUCGGGCCCAGUUUCCUCCGGUUCUAUGCAGCCGAUGGACGGACCAAGGCCUUUGACCAACGUGCAGAUGGGUAUGGCCGAGGCGAAGGCGUGUGCUGCGUCAUGCUCAAGUCUCUUGCGGCUGCCCUGAAAGACGGCGACCCUAUCCAUGCGGUGAUCCGAAGCUCCGCCAUCAAUCAAGAUGGACGGACUCCCGGUAUCACUGUCCCCAGUGGUGACGCCCAAGAGAGCUUGAUUCGUGCAGCAUACCAUGCUGCUGCACUGAGCCCCGCCAAGACAGGAUAUAUCGAAACGCACGGUUCUGGGACAGCAUUGGGUGAUCUCACAGAGACAAAAGCCAUCGGAUCUGUCUUGGGGGCAGCUCAAGGUAGACUAAGCCCCGUUUUGCUGGGCUCGGUCAAAACAAAUAUUGGCCACCUGGAGAACGCAAGCGGGCUUGCCGCCAUCAUCAAAGCUGCCUUGGUAAUUGAAAAAGACUGCAUUCCUCCUACCAUCAACCUACAGAAAGCAAACGCGGAUAUAUCUUGGAAAGAAUGGAAUAUCGAAAUUGCAAAUAGGUGGCAAAGACUCUCAGAGCUAGGAUCUGGAUCUAGUCAGGUUUCUCUCAACAGCUUUGGGUUCGGUGGAACCAACGUACACAUAGUUCUCGAUCGAUUGCAAGAUUUUGAUAGGCCGGAACAACAUACCAACGGGAGGAAUGGUUUCCAAAAACCAAACCCCAACAUAUACAUUCUCUCGGCGAGAUCAAGCGAGUCCGCUCGACUGAUGGCAGUCCAAUUCCAAGAGUACCUCCAGCAGAACAGCUGCAAUGGCCAAGACCAUGACUUUCUCGAAGAUCUGGCCCAUACUCUUUACACUCGUCGACCGCUCUUCCCCUGGAGGGCUGCGAUUGUCGCGGACUCGGCUUCGGCUCUAGAACAGCAUCGCCCCGAGACGUGGUCCUUUUAUCAUGCGGGGAAGAGGUCUCCCAAGUUGAGCUUUAUAUUCACUGGACAAGGCGCACAAUGGGAAACUAUGGGUAGAGAUCUCCUAGAAACUAAUUCGGCUUUCCGAGAAUCGAUAUGGCGAGCAGACCAGUACCUCUCUGAGCUGGGAGUGGAAUGGAAGCUCAUUGAUGAACUCAUGAAGCCGCUGCCAGAGAGUCGGCUAGGCAGCGCGGUUAUUGCACAGGCCGCCUCUACUGCUGUUCAACUAGCUCUUGUUGACAUGCUGGCAUCUUGGAAUGUAUAUCCAACCGCUGUGACCGGUCAUUCGAGUGGCGAGAUUGCAGCCGCCUAUGCUGGCAAAAUCGUGUCAUUUCGAGAUGCUAUGCUCAUAGCAUAUGCUAGGGGGUGCGCGGUAGGGCAACUAGCCAGACAAAAUAACAAUCCGAUCAAAGGUGCCAUGAUAGCUGUCGGUCUGGAUGUGCUAACGGCGAAGCAAUAUUUCGGUCGACUGUCUGAUUCAGCUGGAUUGUUGACCGUGGCUUGUGUCAACAGUCCCCAGUCUGUGACAGUGUCUGGUGACGAAGCGGCUAUUAUCCAGUUGGAGAAGAUCCUCGAACAAGAAAGCAUUUUUGUUAGGCGACUCCCAGUUGAUGUUGCGUAUCAUUCACACCACAUGCUUCGUGUUGCUGAAGACUACCGAAGUGCGCUUUCGUCGCUGCAAAAGCCUUGCUCGAAUCCAGACGUGGUGUUUCACUCCAGCGUCAAGGCCAAGGUGCUGGAUGGGGCCGAACUGGAUGCUCACUAUUGGGUGAAGAAUCUGGUCUCGCCUGUCCUCUUUUCUGCGGCCGUCGAAAGUCUGACUCAAGCUCCGAAAGACAGUCAAUCUGCUGCUGUCAGCUUUCUCGUGGAAAUUGGCCCCCAUGCAGCGUUGAAAGGUCCCAUCAAACAAAUCCUUGGGACUCGGAUGGGUGAGCAGGUCCGAUACGCCCCGACGAUUGUGCGUCACAAAUCCUCGCGUCACACGAUGUUGGAUCUUGCUGCUGAUCUAUUCAAACACGGGUAUGACAUUGACAUUAACCUGGUUAACUUCGGCAAUGCUGAAGCUGCUCGACCUCGCCGAUGUUUAUCCGAUCUCCCUCCCUAUCCGUUUGAUCAUUCCACCUCCUUCUGGCAUGGAAGCCGCUUGAGCAGAAACUACCGUCACCGUGUCGACCCACCCCAUGAGCUCUUGGGGGUCCUCAGCGUGGAGUCCAGCGCACUGGAACCCAGGUGGAGGAACUACAUCGGUGUUUCCACCGCUCCUUGGCUUUCUGGGCACAAGAUUAAUGAUGAGGUUAUUUUCCCGGCUGCGGGGUUCCUUUCCAUGGCGUUUGAAGCUGGAAUUUGGUAUCACACGCAUGCACGAGGGCAGUAUGAGCAAAACGUUUGUUCAAUUCAGCUGAGCAAUGUUUCUAUUGCCCGUUCACUGAGCAUCCCGGAGUCAGGGCCGCCAAUUGAAAUAAUGUUUGUGCUACGGCCAGGCACAGAACAAGCAGGCAGAGACUUAGCACGACGGCAUGAGUUUGUUAUAUACUCAUAUCCAGAUGGGGCGGAAGUUGUCGAGCAUUGCCGUGGAUUCAUGUCAGUUGUGCCCACGGAGACAAUCUCUGACCACGAAUUCCAUCCGAACAAAAGAAUGAAUGAGAUUCGGGUGGAUCAUCUCUAUCACCAAUUGAAACACCAUGGGAUUGACUACACCGGACCAUUUCAGAGGCUGGCUGCUGUGACGGCACAAGGUGGCUAUUGCAGUGCAACCAUCGAUGACCCAGAAGACGUUGGAGAAGGGUACAGGAGCAGCAUGCAUCCGGCAACAAUUGACACCUGUCUUCAAACUAUAUUCCCUGCGAUACGUUCCUUGCGGGGGAUCCAGCGCGCUGCGAUGCCGACACAUAUCCAGGAAGCCUCCUUAUGCGUACCCGGGCAGACCCUGGCGCAUAGGAGCCUCAACAUAUCUUCACAAGUCCAGGAAGCUAGUGGAGAUCGAUUCAAGGCUGAUAUUGAAGCGCACCUGGAAGGUCUCGGUUGCAUCUUGUCGGUGAAGCAAAUGGAGGCGACCCCCGUCCGCGGCAUCCCAUCAAAGCGAGAACAUGACUUUGAUCAGGUCAAGACCUGCCAGAAAACAGCCUUGACAAUUGACCCCGAUUUCUUUACGGCCCACGAUAUCCAAUUCCUCUGUAAUGCAAAUCUGACCAAUGCUUCUGUAACUCACCGGCUUUCAAAGCUAGCCCACGCCUGUCGUUACUAUGCCAAGGCUGCCACCGAAAGCAUCGACAACAACGAUAUCCACAGAAUGACUUCCUCCCAGCGCCAGUACUUCGCUUGGAUACAAAACCAAGCGGCUUUAUACACUGAAGUCGAGGAGUGUGCUUCUCGAAAGAUUCUGGAUGAUGUCAAGGCAUCUGGCAGCGAAGGAGAGAUUGUCUGUCGAAUUGGUCAGAAUUUGGCAUCCAUUCUCAAAGGCGAUGAUGAUCCACUGUCGCUGAUGCUCAACGAGGAUCUGCUGUCUCGACUGUACCGUGAUGACGAGAGCAUGCAGCGAUGUGCCAUCCAGGCUGCGGAAUAUGCCACAGUUCUCGGCCGCAAGUCGCCUUCGCUGAGGAUCCUCGAGAUUGGUGCUGGGACUGGAGGGACAACACUCCCUAUCCUGCAGGCACUGAGUGUCCCGGGAGGCUCUCUUUUCGAGCACUAUUGCUUUACUGAUGUCUCUAGCGGCUUUUUUCCCAAUGCGAAAGACAAAUUUGCCUCUUGGAUUGACCGAAUGAGCUUCGACAAACUCAAUAUUGAGGAUCACCCUCGCAAUCAAGGGUUUGAGCCUGGCAGUUACGAUCUGGUGAUAGCAGCCAAUGUGUUGCAUGCCACGACCUAUAUCGACAGCACUGCAAAGCACGUCCGCAGCCUGCUCAAGCCGGGGGGCAAGUUGCUUCUCCUGGAGAGUACGAGGCCAACAGUUCACCGGUCUUUUUUUUUGGGGACUCUGCCCGGAUGGUGGCUCGGGUCUAUGGAGCGAAACAAGGAUAACCCUCUUCUGACAGUGAAUGAAUGGCAUGAUGUCCUGCAAAGAACCGACUUUUCCGGUGUUGAUGCUGCCAUGCACUCAUAUGAGAUACCGGAGGAGCAGACGGACAGCUUGAUUGUAUCGAGCGCUUCCUCGACCUCCACCAAACAGGCAAGUGACGAUCGUCCGGUCCAGCUCGUCCUCUCCAAAGAGCAGCUUUGGGGACAAGCAGGGAACCAAGCCAUUGGCUUUUACGUGGCGGAGGACCUGAUGGCUCUCUUUGGCAGUGACCGAGAAAACAUUGUUUUCCUGGGCAACGCCGAUUUUGAUGGUCGCGUCUGCGUUUUUCUGGGUGAGCUAGACGGGCCAUCCAUCCUGGCCAACCUGGACAAUGACUCAUUUGCGGCCCUUAAAAGUAUGUGCAAGCGAGCCAGAGAGAUUAUCUGGGUUACCUGCGGUGCUACUGAGAGAUGUGAGAAUCCCAGGUCGGCCCUUGUUCUUGGACUGGCUCGGGUCCUGCGACGAGAGAAUGCUCAUGUGCAGCUCACGACGCUCGAUCUGGACCCUUCCAGCAGAUUCUGUGCCAACAGGCUGGCGACGUCUGUCUUUGAUUUCCUUCAACGGCGACAGCCAGGCUCCGCGACAAGAGAUCAUGAAUGGACCCAACGCGAUGGGAAGUGGCUCGUCCCUCGGAUUGUCACUGAUGACGGCCCGACCCAGUACGUUCGCUCGCAGACCAUCAGAGUGGACCAACUGGAGCAUCGACUGGAAAAUUUCUAUCAAGCAAAAAGGCCCUUGUGUCUCGCCAUCGGUGAUGUUGGGACCCUCCAGGACUUGCACUUUACAGACAACAUAAUGUUAACGCAGCAACCGCUGGGCCUGGAUGAAGUGGAGAUUGAAGUCAGAGCCUCUGGGGUAAACUUCAGAGACAUCAUGGUCUCACUAGGUCAAAUGCCAGAUGAGCUGGUGGCUGAAUGUAGCGGCAUCGUUCUCGCGGUUGGUUCACAGCUUCAGAACGACUUCUCUCAAGGAGACCGAGUCUACACCUGGCAUGUUCCACGGUAUGCAAGCCGCGUCCGUGCCAAAGGGUCCUUGACGAGGUGCAUUCCUCCUGGGUUCUCGUUUGAGGAUGCAGCAUCUAUCCCGGUGGUAUACAGCACGGCCUAUCAUGCCCUGGUGAAUAUUGCCCGACUGAAUGCUGGUGAGACAGUCCUCAUUCACUCCGGUGCUGGAGGUGUGGGCCAAGCAGCCGUCACACUGGCCUUGAAUAUCGGCGCAAAAGUAUUCACAACGGUGGGAUCAGAGCAAAAGAAGCAAUUGCUUGUUGAAAAAUAUGGUCUUUCUCCCUCUCACAUCUUCUCGAGCCGCUCGAACGGUUUCGUGAAGGGGAUCGGGGAUAUGACGAGUGGGUUUGGUGUAGACGUGGUGUUGAACGCCCUCGCCGGGUCGUUCCUCCAGGAUUCAAUCAACCUGUUGGCCCCCUUUGGGCGGUUUGUCGAGAUUGGAAAAAAUGACAUUUUAGCCAACUCUCGAAUGGAUCUUGGCAUUUUCUCUCGAUCCACGACGUUCACGGCCUUGGACCUCGUCCAGCUCGUGCGGGAGAAGCCUGACAUCGCUGCCGAUGUAUUCUCUCGCGUGGACCAUCUGUUCCGGACAGGAGUUGCCAGACCUCCCUCACCUCAAACGAUAUUUGACAUAUCUAAAAUCGAAGAUGCUUUCCGUAUCAUGCAAAAGGGUGAACACGUUGGCAAGUUGGUGGUGUCUCACUCUCCGGCUGCUCAGGUCAAGGUCACUCCUCCCCAUCCUCGACCAGCCAAGCUUCGUCCAGAUGCUAGCUACCUGAUUAUCGGUGGCCAAGGCGGCCUGGGGCGCGCUCUCUGCACGUUUUUGGUUCAUUGUGGCGCCAGGUCACUUGUGAUUCUAUCGCCUUCCGGUUCCCAGAAGCCAGCAACCCGAGCUUUGGUUGAAGAAAUGGCAGAAAUCGGAGUGUGCCUUCACGCCCUUCAAUGUGACGUGGACGAUCGCCGUCAAGUCGCGGCUGCUCUGGCCAAAUGCAAUAUCGAACUGCCUCCUAUUCGGGGCAUCCUCCACGCUGGACUUCUGCUCCAGGAUUCCAGCUUCGACAAUAUGUCCGUAGAGGACUUUUGUCAUGCCCUUCGUCCCAAACUGGCCGGGACCUACAACAUUCACGAAGCCUUCCAACAGCAACAAACGACCCUCGACUUUUUCGUCCUGCUCUCCUCCUACGUUGGCCUUCUUGGUAGUCCCGGUCAGGCCAAUUAUGCUGCGGCAUCCACCUUCCAAGACGCCUUUGCUCGCUGGAGGACCAGCCAGGGACUACCCACUCGUUCCCUCGAUCUGGGUACAGUACAAGGUGCGGGCUCGCUCCAUGAGAAGCCGGAAGCAAUGGCCCAUUUCGAAAGAAUGGGUCUCGGAGGCAUUCCACUUGAAGCAUUCUAUGCCUUGAUCGGCUAUGCCAUCUCGACGCCUUUGAAUAGUAUCGACGAGAGCCAAACGGCUAUUGGAUGGGCACCACCAUCCAGCUGGACUGGGUCAGUAUACAAGGCCUUAGAUCCUCGCUACUCCCAUCUUCGGCCACGGAUCAACGAUUCUUUGGGUGAAUCCAGUGAGGAUUCAAGCAGCACUUCGCCUCCUACAACAGGGGCCAAAAACCUUCCCCAGGCGCUUGCCAGUUGCCGAUCGCAGGAUGAGCUUGUCUCUGUCACUUCUGAGGCAAUUUCAAAGCAGAUAGUAAGCAUCCUUGGUGUUGUCAGCGAGGAUAUUGAUUUUGGGAACAAUAUCGCUGCUCAUGGCGGUGACUCGCUCGUGGCAAUUGAGUUCCGAAAUUGGUUCCGCAAAGAAUUGCGUUGCAGCUUCACAACAGAUCAGAUUUUGACCGGAUGCUCUGUCCAAGAUCUGGUAUUGAAGGCUGUGAGGGAAUUUCAGGUUUAAGUGGUAAGAGGGUGUAAUCAGGACAGGGAUGAAUGAGCUGGUGAUAUCUUAGCAAGGCUCUUGUGAAGGGCUGUGACAUGGUUUCAUUGUCUUCCUUUGCCUAAAAUAUAGUUGAGUAAGAUA